AUGUAUUCAGAACAAGUUGAAAGUUAUAAAUCUGUUGAAACAUCAAUCCCUUGUAUAAAUAACAUAAUAAAAAUAAAAAAACAAAAUGAACCUAAAUUAGUGGAAUUAAAUAUUGAUAACCCUAAAUUAACUCCAGAAUAUAAAUAUAUAUAUAAAGAUGGUAAAGUUGAAUAUAUAACUAUGUCUGAUUACGCAUUCAACAAGGUAACUAAGGGUAAAAAAGUUAUUUGGGAAUCGCAAAAUAAUGAAUUUGGAUCCAAGGUAUUGAUUAGUAGUUAUAAUAAUGAAGAAUACGUGACAAUUUUCUUUACAAGAAAAAAUUUUAAAGUUUUUAAAACAUGUGGAAAAGAAAUCUAUGAAAUUCCUACGGAUAUUAAUAGUCAUUCAAAAGUACACACAUUUGAUGAGAUCUGCUCUAAUUGUCAGAUAAAUUCAAGUAUUGAACUGUAUACAAAAGAUAAUGAAGGUAAAAAUGUUUUGAUGCCCAUUGAUAUGUAUAAUGUUGAAUAUAAUGAAGAUUUCGGAAUAUAUACAUUUAAAAGAGAUAGUAAGUGUAGUAUGAUUAAAUUUGGAAAUUGUGUAAUUUGGGAGUGUGAAAAAAAAUAA